AUGGCUGCCCAAAGAAGACAACAAUCUCAUCUUCCCUCUCCACCAGUCUCUCCCUCCCAACAAACACCACGGCCACUGCCUCUUCCUCUUCCAACAGAGAUGAAAAGAUACAAAACUUGGCAAUCAGCUCGCUCAAAUUCCAUGAAUGUCAAGACUGUGCCAGUCCCACCUCUAGCACGACGAUCAGCGACAGCUCCUGUGAUCGGUACCACCUCCGAUCAAUUCAUAGAUUAUGACCGGAACUCAUCACCCGAACCUGAAUUCGUGCCAACUUCCGCAGUGAAACCCGAAGUGCCAAGUCGGUACACUACGUCGUACUACCAUAUUCUUGGACUGCCAGAGAUUCCUGAGGUUACCACUGAGGAAAUUGAAGAGGCUUUUCAAAAGCUCGUACAAAAUCCAUCUUCCCAUCCAUCGCACCACUAUGAUAAUCUGGAGCAGAUCCGUAAAACGCUCACUAGCUCCAUCAGACGACGUGCCUACGAUCAUGGUCGUCGUGCUCACUUACUACACCAAUCCCAGCUGAAAGAUCGGGAACUUUUUGAGAAAGUGCGCAACGACUCUGAUAAGCUUUCAAAAGAUCGGGAGCGCUUUGAAAAAAUGCGCAAAGACUGUGACAAGCUUUCAAAGGCUCAAAAGACUGCCGCUCAGGAGAUUAAAGCCUUCACCGAUGACAUGAGAAUGAAAAGUCUAGAGAGCGAAUUGAAGAUGGUGAAAAAAGAGGUGGCGGCAACUUUUAAAAGAAAAGUCAAAAACAUGGGACUAAGCAUGAGUUUGGAUGGAUUGGACGAGGAAGAGGGAGUGCCUUGGGAGGAAAUGGAUUUUGGUACCAGGAGUUCCCAAAUUGUGGGGGAAAGAAUGGGUCUUGAAUUUGAAUUCAAUGGGUCUGGUAGUGAGGAGGAUUCCGGGGAUGAACAUGGAUCCGAAGGCACAUUUUCAAACAGAGAUGAAGUAAGAAAAGAGCCUAGAAGAUCGGAAGAAUCUGAACAAAUCAAAAGGCUUGAGGAAUUUGAAGAAUUGUCUUCGUCUGCAAUGUCAGGACUAUUUUCAAAGAUAUCUUCUUCUGACCUUAAAAAGGCUCCGAUAGCUCCAGAGAUCUUUCCCAAAGAUGACCAAAGGAAAUUGGAUGUCAAGGAUGAAAAAUUAUCUGCGUCUAAAGAGGUAGGAUCAUUUCGACAGGCGGAUUCCUCAGAUCUCAAAACGAUUUCGCCCCCUACAGAAAUAAUCUCGAAGAGCGACAACGAGACAUCAGAAGUCAAGGAAGUCGAUGAGAAGAUCCUAAACACCCCAAAAGCGACCCCAAAAAUAAUCCUCACAUCCGAAUCCGGCAAGAAACCUGUGGAACCCAAAAACGAAACACAGGACACUCCAGAUACCCCCAAGCCCCCCACAAUCACAACCCAAACAACAUCCCCACCAUCUAUCGACACCGAUCUCCCCGACAUUCUCAACAUCAUCGAAUGUCUCUACCCAGCAGCAAAAACGAAAAAGAAAAAGGAAAAUGAUUCCUACAAAGAAAUCUGGGAAUUCGACUACAACUCCGAUUCCGAGUCCGAUUCCGAUACUGAGUCUCCACCAGAACAACCUCAGAACCUUCCCUGCUCAUCUCCAUCUCAAACCCAAACCCCCACAAUCCACGAACUCCCCGGCUCCGAAAUCUGGGAGCUCGACUACCCAAAUCACAACUCCAAUACCAACCCCGCCGACGAAGAAGAUGAUGAAGAAGCACACGAAACCAUAAUUCUCUUCCUCCAAUUCGUCAUCGUUUUCUCUCUCGCGACCGCUGCGUGGGGUUGGUUUGGCGGGGGGUGGGUUUUGAAUUUAGUUUUGGCUUGA